UGCGUCAGGUUUUAACAGAGAGGAGAUUCUUUGGGGAGGAUUAUCUUUCUACACUGGAGUUCUGAGCAGAAGUGAGGUCAUAAAGUCUCGCUAGCUUGACACCAACUGAAAUGGAGUGUCAAUGUGAAAAGGACGGCUCUGAGGAUGCAGGCUGGUGGCUGAACGGCAACAGCGCCCAGAUGGGAGCUUUUACUGUGGUGGGGUAUCUUCUCUACAGAUUCUCUCAGACUCUCCCGGCUCUGAUCCGAUGGCCGAUUCGUCUGUUCUGCUCCCUAACCGGUCUGUCAGCUCUUUGGGGCUGGGUGGGCCGCCUGGUGGGAACCCUGCGUGGAAUCCAGAGCCUGUGUAAAUGGCUGACUGGAGUUUGGCGUUUUUUCGAAGCAUCCUCCUCCAAGCUCCAGUGGCUGAUUGCUGUCAUCACAGGAUCACCCAGAGAUGGAGGACCGGAGUCAAAGAUGGAUCCGACCGUAUCCGGCCUCAGGCUGAUCCUCCUGGGGCCCACAGGUGGAGGCCGCACCUCCCUUGCAGAUACUUUGUUGGGAAACAGUGAAAAAAAAGUGCCCAUGGGUCCCCAAACGGAGAGCACCAAGAGAAGGGCAGUGAUUGAUGGGAGAGAGGUUCUAGUGAUCGACACCCCUGAUUAUUUGGGGUCGUCAUUGGGAAACAACAGGAGAGCCCGGGAGGCUCUGAGGAGCCUUCAGCUCUCCGGUCCUGGACCGCACGCCUUCCUGCUGGUGGUCCGAGCUCCAGGAUCCAGCAUGGAGGUGGACCAGGAUGCCGCUCGGGCGAUCCGGGCCACCGUUGAGCUGUUUGGAGCCGGGGUCUCCGAGUACAUCAUCCCAGUGUUCAGCCAUGCAGACCGCCUGGGAGGAAGGAGAACCGUAGACCAGCUGCUGGACCUGGACUCUGGGGGGCUGAAAAGGGCUCUGUCUCUCUGCGACCAGAGGCCAGAGUUGGUGGACAACAGGCCAGACUGCCCCCCAGAGGAAAGGAGGGCGCUGCGCAGGCAGCUGGUGGAGCGUGUGAUGGAGACGAGGACAGCGAGGGGACAUUUCGUCCACGAGCUGCAGACGAGGGAGGAGCGCAUCAAGGAGGAGCUGCUGGCAGACAUGAGCUCUGAGCUGGCUGCAAAACUGGGACACAUGUAAAUAAGAGAGGGGGAAGGUGCAAUGGUGUUGUUAUUGUGUGUGUGUGUGUGUGUGUGUGUGUGUGUGUGUGUGUGUUCUUGUACUUCCUACAUAGUGAGGACCAGAACAUGUUUUUAACCAACAGAGUGAGGACAUUUUUGCAAAGUGAGGACAUUUCAGCCGGUCCUCACUUCUUUAAAGGCUUUUUUGAGAUUUCCGACUUUGUUUUAAGGGUUAAAGGUUACAUGAUAAUGAUAAUUAACUGAAACUCUAUUGUGUGGUUACAAAACUAACUAAAAUUAUAGUGAAAAUGUCCUUCGUUUUCGUCUUUGUCAACUUUUUUCAUACAUAAUGAAGAUGGAUAA